AUGGCUACGCCGAUCCCUACUUUGGAGCACCGAUAUUUCGAGCCGUCUGAGCAGUUGACAGGGGCUGCUAACACCUCCCGAAAGACGAAUCGAUUUAAUGGAAACUACCGAGGAGACCGUAAUUUGUCCACAAAUAAAGGCGCUGAUAUCCCCGAAGAAAAGAAUACUUGUUUGUGGAUUACUGGACUACCUGGACCGAUUACUGUCCCUAAGCUCCUUGCUGCAAUCACCAAGACGGGCAAGGUUCGUUCGACUGUAAUCAACGGCCCUAACGAAACCAGUAGUACCGCUGCGGCAUCUAUUAGCUUCUUCAGACGGGAAGAUGCCGAGGUGCUUUUCAAUGCAAUACAGCAAGGAAGAAUCAUAUUUGAAGGCAGGUUCCCAAGAGUGCAAUGGAACAGAAAUAGGGUUGGAGAAGAGGGUGCUCCUAGCUAUGCUAGCCGUGUGCUUCUAAUUGCCGGAGAUCCACAGGUCGUUAAUCGAGACUACUUGGAUGGGUUUUUCUCAAGCAAGUUCGUGUACGACAUCGAUGAUAUAAUCGAUCACGGCACGGUGUCUGGGUUUGAGGGUCCUAUCAGCCGACUCGAGUACCGUUUUGGAUCGUGGCGUUCACAAGCUUCCUUUGCUCGUCUAGCACUCAAUCUCGAGCUCAGAGGAUUUUUACUAGCGGAAUACGGCGAGGAUCCCUGUGCGGUCUAA